ACAAAAAACGCACGACCCACUUUCGAUUCUGCAUGAGCCACGAUUGUGUACCAACGUUUUGGGGUUGAUACGUUUCCUGCGUCUCUUACAAGCCAAAAUCCAGAUGGAUGCGUUUGAAGAGGAGAUGCAGAGUAAUUGCUUAAAGAGCCCUGGACACUGACAACCUACAUAUAGCAACUUCAACAAAGAAAAGACUGUCGUGUUGAAGAUAUGCUGAUGCGCUCGUUUGCCUGUGCAAAUGCUUUGAGGCACUUUUGGGUGUAACCAUCGACAGUAAAUACUUCUUCGCAGCGUUUGAAACAGGAGUGAGACUGCGAAACAAGAAGAGAAACAUUUCGGAUGGUUUGUGGCUGAACUUGUGUCUGCAGGAAUGGUGAUCCGUGGCCUGUGGGUUUGUAAAAUCCGUUUGGUGAAGCACUUUGGGCUGACCCAGGUCCUGUGCCUCCUGGUCUUUGUCUGCCUUUUUGCAGGUCUCUUCAUCGAUUACAUAGAGUCAUGGGUUACUUCUCUAAGAAUGAAUGGAGUCGGAGGUACCCACGGUGGGAUUCUUCCUCAGAGCGUGCCCCCUACACGUCCAGAGGAAUACCUCCUUAUGCCAAGUCCGCUUGUUUGCCAGCGCGCAAAGCCCUAUCUCAUCACCUUGGUGACCUCGGCUCCUGCGAACAGGAAAGCUCGUCAGGCAAUCCGUGACACCUGGGGUGGCGAAGUGCACGUGAGAGGUUAUCGGGUCAUGACUUUGUUCAUGUUGGGGCAGGCAUCAGAUCCUGUUUUGACCAAACAACUGACAGAUGAGGCACGGGAACAGGCAGACCUGGUGCAGGGUCGCUUUCUGGACUCCUAUGCUAACCUGACCUUAAAGACCUUGUCCAUGUUAGCUUGGGCACGGCGUUUUUGCCCUGAAGCACGCUUCCUAGCCAAGGUGGAUGAUGAUGUAAUGUUCAACCCUAGUGCACUGCUACAGUACAUCAACAUCAAUUGGGGGGCACAAGAGCGGGAGAUUGAUGAACUCUACCUCGGUCGGGUUCACUUGAGGGUGGCACCGGAUCAUAAUCCAGCCAGCAAGCACUAUUUUUCUAAAGAUGCUUUCACAGGUACUGUCUUCCCUGAUUACUGCAGCGGUACAGCGUACGUGCUUUCCCGUCCUGCUGUGCUUAAGCUCUCUCUGGCAGCAGCUGCCGCACCGUUGCCCAAGCCCCUGCCACCAGAAGAUGUGUUUGUAGGUUUGUGUGCCCACACAGCCGGCAUCACACCCACCCAUUCCCCACUUUUCUCUGGAGGACCACCCGUGCCGUAUUCACGCUGCUGCUACCAGGCCAUGGUGUCUGUCCAUCAUACCCAACCUGAGGAAAUGCUCCAGUACUGGGCAGACAUGCAUUCCAAAGCUCCAUGCUCCUGGGUGGGCGUCCGGACUUCACUUGGUGUUUGUAAAUUGAGAGCACUUCUAGGAGACUUGUUAUGGCCUGGAUUAUAAAUAUGGAGAGCCAAGAAGAUUAUGCAGUAUUUCUUAGACACACACGCUUAUAGAGCAUGAAGAAACCAAAAUGGAUCUAUGUGCCAAACUCCCAUGUAUAGUUGUUUUAUAGUUUUAUCUUGAAUAAUGUACCAGUUGUCACAUACUUGAAUGUCUGUGCUAUUUAUUACACUCCCUCUACAAGCACUUGUUUUUCACCUUCAAAAACACCAUACACUUUUUGUGCUUCACUACAACACUGUCUGAAUUUAUAGCUAGAUAUUUUUCAUGACUCAUGUUUUACAACUAGGGUAUAGCAACAAAAUUUCUGAAUGCAAACUUAAGUGAGAUUUCUGGGCUUGACCACUUGUCUUUCAACUUUCAUAUUUUUGGAUUUUGAUGAUAAAAAAACAAAUAUGUUUGAGUUGAAUAUUUUCUAGGAAGAAAGAUGUUAAAAUGCAUCUUUUGACCUUGCUCUCAAAACCUGUGAAUGGCUUUAUGCAGUGGAACACUGAAAGACAAGACUGUGAAUAUUCGUAAGAGCUUUUGCUAUUACUGCUAUUAUUUAUAUUACUGAAUGCAGUGUGUAUUUGCGUAUUUUUUUAUUACACUGGCUCAUGCACAUAGUCAAAUGUGACCCAUCACCACUGGUGGAUUGAUGCAAAUCCGUAAGGGUGGGGAGCAAAGCAGAAAAUAGUUUAUUGUAGUUUUAUCCACAUCCAGAUAUAUAGCUAUGUUCAGGGACAUUUAAUCUGUUAAGUCACUGGGAUAAUGCUGAGGUAUCCAGGACAGCAAAAUGCAUAGUUACAUAAAGUGAAAAAAAUCUCUCACCACACAAAUCUGAAUAUGUGAAGAGGUAUGCAAGUUCCGGUAAUUAGGGGACGAUGUGGAAAAUGUAAAUAAUCAAAAGAACACGGAUUCAGGCAACACAUUUAAGGAACAAAGGUUAGAUGAGGAGCUUUAUUUAAAAUCAACACAUUUGUGCCUAUGGAUCCUGAGUUUGGGUUACUGUUUGUGUGGAGAAGUUCUUCCUGUGUCUGUGUGGAUUCCCUCUGGGUUCUCAACUUUCUUUCUACUGUAAAAAACUUGCCUGUUUCUGGAUUGCCUCAAAAUUUGUGGAAACUAAAUUUCUCCUGAUGCCCUGCAAUGGACUGGUGUUUGAUUAAGUGUGUGACCCUGAAUUUAGUGAAUUUAUGUUUUUCUUGCAAUUGUGCCCUGGGAUAGACUCCAUGUUCCCUGAGACCCUGUACAGAAAAUGGAUGGAUAGUUGGAAGGAAAAAAGAAGAUAGCACUGCAUAUUUAUGCUUACGAAUUCAAAUGAUUGCAACUCCUUGUUAGUUUUUUUUUUUUAAGAAUUAUUUAUAAAAACUAUCAGAAGUAACUGUCCGGGCUGGACGUUGAUAUACUAACACAGAGAAAUCGAGUGGAAUUAAUAUCAAUUAAUAUUAAUUAAUUUCACAACAACUACUGAAAGCCAUAAUGAUGUGAUCAGAAUCUGUAUAACAAAAAUUUGUGUGUGUGGGGCUUAACAUUUAUAAUAAAUUUCCACUUUUUUUAAUGCUCAAUUUUACAUUUAUGGUCAAGUAAACGUCUUCUAUAUCAUCACAAUGGAGCUGAACACACGGCAUCCAAGAUGCUCGAAGCAUAUAAAACUGGAUGUGCAAAAUGUAUGUUGUAAUAAUAUAAUAUGCUUAUUGAAAUAGUGUAUUGUGUUAAAAUGUCCUCUUGGUUAGUACUGCCUGCUUUGUCUUAUCUAGAGACCUUCUGUGACUUUGUGUUAUCUUUGUGUUAUCCGCUUAAUACAAUGCGAGAUACCUGUAACAGAUUUCAAAAUAAAACACUCUUACAGACUGUGAGCUUAUGUAUUAUUAGUCCAUCUCAUCUCAGCAGGAAAAUGCAGACACGUAUUUUAUGCCGUUAAACAAGACUGCUACAGUCUCCUCCAAAAGUAUUG